AACCACCGAGGAGGCCACGGUCCAUUUUGCGAUCCCUCAACACUUAAUACUUCUACUUUGCCCAACAUCCCUAUGGAUUGAGGCUGAUGUCCUUGGGUGGUAACGUCUUACUCUUUUCUUGUUGAUUGUAUUUGAAACACUUCCCAUUGAUACGGUGCUUCAUCCACUAUUGACGAUACCUGUUCCGGCUCGGUCGUUGUUUGGGACGGCCCCUGGAGGCAGCGACAUCCUGUCUUCGCGCCUCAACUCUUCAUCCGGCUUCCGAAACCCUACCCGAUAUCUCUCAGGCAAUUGAUAGAAGCUCUGGUCCAUAGUCUGGUGUGUUGCCGCACAGGUCAAAAGGACGUCAGCGCCAGAAGUGGGGAGCAGCUCCCUCUUUCCAUUGACUAACUCCUUCUUUGGUACAUCGCGCUAUCUACCACGUGGGAUUACACAUCACCUCACUUUUGGCUGGUACCUUGAAAAGCACUUUGUUCCCACUUUCAACAUGGGCGAACGUAAAUUCAGAACAUCCUCAAAAUCUCAGACUGGACACAGUCGCAAGAUGACGACUCCAGGAGUAUCGACUCUUACGGCCCUUCUGCAGAGUGCCUCCACAGGGAAUGCCUCCCUCGUCAGAUGCCCGGCGGGAACCCUCGAAAGAUUUCGAAGUCUGAACCAGGCCGAGUACAUUAUCCUAUUCACACCGGUCGUUCCCCAUCCACCUUCGACCGAGCUCCAGAGAGACAUGGAUCCCUUCGAGCCUCUUGGGAGAUCACUUUCGAAACGCCAUCGACGCAUUCGACACGUUCCCUACGUCCCAAGCCGAGGCAUCACACCAACUCACAUUGACUUCCUUAGUUCGGCGGGGUCUGUAGUAGUGGUCGUGUGCACUACUGAGAACGUUACAGUGCAAAGUACUCUCGGUUACGACGAUCAGACGAAGUUUGCCCGAGACAUCACGAGAAAAGUCCAAGAGGACAAAACCCUUACCAGCGUGUCUCUCCUUUUACUCCUGAUCACAAACGGCGCCGGCAGCCAGGUUCACGAAGAUGGGGUCAGGGAGUUUCCAGCCCUCAUCACUUGCAGCAGCUACACCCCGGCUGCUCUCGAGGAUGCUGCCCGUGUCAUUUUUGGGGUUUGAACGUCGUACACGCCUUCAAGACGAAGACACGACAACAGAGUCAAGGAUCCUAUCAGACGUCGUGAUGCUAAAAGCCGAGUCGGGAGCUCUUCCAUAUGGUUUCACGGGAUCUGGGCUCUGCAUUGUGGGAUGUACAUUGAGCAGCCUUACUAGGCAGCGUUCACCAUUUCGCUGUAUCUCCUUUCUAUUUUCCUUGUCAUUAUUCUGCCGGUAUGUAGGAUAU